AUGCGCUGGUUCAACCCCCAGUCCGCCCUGACGGCAGUCUUUGUCGUGCUAUCCUCGCUACCAUCCAGUGAGGCCAUCACAUAUUCCCCGAUUAAGCCUCCAUCGUACCCGCUGGCUGUGCGGAGCCCUUAUCUAUCUGCAUGGAUCCCCGGAAACUCAGUCGCAUCACUUCCAUCCAGCAGAGCGCAGUUUUGGGCAGGUAAUGAUCUGAUCUGGUCGGUCACGGCGCGUGUGGAUGGCGUCGCGUACAAUUUGUUUGGGGUUCAGGUACCACUGAGCGGAACCAAAUCCGGUACUGUCACCGAGGCAACUUACACCUCGACGCAUUCCACCUUUACGGUGCAAGCUGGAUCUCGAACGUUUACACUGGACUUUUUCUCUCCAGUUUCGCCUAAGAACUAUCUGCGUCAAUCACUGCCUUUCUCGUAUUUGACUGUGACGGUCGCUGCGGGUGGCUCCAGCUCAGUUCAAAUUUAUUCUGAUCUUGAUCACAGCUGGGCUGGUCAAUCCAGCGAUGUGAGUUGGAGCUAUUCGACUAAGAGCACGACUGGCGUAUUCCAAAUCCAAGGCGCAGAUGCGUCCACAUACUCGGAGAACAGCAAUGGCCAAGCGUUGUGGGGAAGUGCCGUCUACGCCACCCGCCCUGCAAGCGGGGCUUCUCUCUCCACGGCUUCGGGGCCGUCUGCCGUGGUACGCCAAAGUUUCAUCUCGAAUGGAACUCUGUCCGGCACACACGCUGAGUGGACUGCCAACGGGGUGGUCGGUUUCGCUCAUGAUCUUGGGAAAACAGCCAAGGAAGUGGCUGUGACCUUUGCCGUCGGCCAUGUACGCGAGGAGUCGAUUAAUUUCCUGGGUGAUGCCCAGACGGGUUACUACCGCGCAACUCACGCGAAUACUGUGGACGCAGUCUCUUACUUCCUCGAUGACUACCCUGAUGCGAAUGAGGAAUCAGUCACAUUUGACAAGUUGGUUCAGUCGACAGGAGUCUCGAGUUAUGGAUCGAACUACUCGGAUAUCCUGGCACUGUCCACUCGCCAGGUCUACGGUGGGAUUGAAAUCACAAUCCCGAACGAAUCCCUCGAUACAGAUACAACGCGUGCGUUUAUCAAAGAGAUCUCCAGCGAUGGCAAUAUCAACACCGUAGACGUGAUCUUCGCAACCUUCCCAAUCUUCUAUAUCCUCAGCCCAGACUACCUGAAGCUUCUCCUCGACCCCAUCCUCCAAUACACCGGGAGCAACGCCUACACCAAAGAUUACGCAGUCCACGAGAUAGGCGCCAGCUACCCAAACGCAACAGGCCAUCCAGCAGACGGCGAAGAAAUGCCCAUCGAAGAAAGUGGCAACAUAAUAAUCCUGACCUACGCCUACCAACUAGCAACUGGGAAAACAGACCUAGCAACAACCUACGCGUCUCAACUCUCCCAAUACGCAGAAUACCUUUACAAAAAUGGUCUCUACCCGAGCGCUCAACUGUCGCUGAACGACGCCCUAGGCGAACUAGCCAACCAGACCAACCUCGCCGUCAAAGCAGCCGUAGGCCUCGCAAUCUACGGCGCAUUAACUGACCAAGCAAAUUACACAACAGCAGGCAAAACAUUCGCCGACAAAAUCUGGACAGAUCACCUGGGUACAGACGCCGCCGGAACCCGAUUCUUAAUUCAGUACGGCAUCGCACCCUGGUUCCUCGUCUACAACCACUAUCCUGACCUCCUCUUCAAUCUAAACAUUUUCCCAACGGAAGCCUACAACGCCACCGCGGCUUUCUACCCAACCGUCCGGCAAGGAGCGGGCGUACCGCUUGAUGGCGCGAUCGGCUGGGGCCAAACGAAUUGGCAGUCGUUUGUUGCUGCGACUGUGACUGGAUCGACGCGGGAGAUAUUUAUCAAGGAUUUGCAUGCUUAUGUGUCCAACGGUUUGAAUUCAGCGCCCUUUUCAGAUCGUUACUGGGUGACGAAUAGUGGGCAGUAUGUUGCUGGUGAUUCAUAUUCUUUCCGUGCAAGGCCGACCCUUGGGAGUCAUUUUGCGCUGGCUGCGUUGGGAGGUGCUAAUAUCUGGGACUCGUGA